UAGUACUGUAACCAAAAAACGAAGAGAAUUCGGGCCCGGUAUUUGCAUUUUCUGUUUCAAAACUUUUAGAUGAGAAAUAAGAGAUGAUGGUUCUAGUUUUGCUUGCUUGAAUAUGAAGAAAGAUUACUUGCUUCCUCGUGUCAGUUUCCUUUAACAUAAGAAUCCUACUUAAACUUGUCAUCAAGUAAUCAUCUCUCUCAUUUAGAAACACUCAAAAUUUUCUCUCUUUAUUGCUUUCACUUAACUCUUUUAUCCUUUAGUUGCUACCUCAAUGUCUCACCACCACUAUGAAACCAACCCUCAUUUCGUUCAGUUUUCCUUGCAGGAUCAACAUCCCGGUGGUCCUUCUAGCUCAUGGAACUCUCCGCACAAUCAUCAGAUCCCACAGGCUCACUCAGUUGCUCCACCAAGGGUGAAAAUAAAAACUCGGGGACGCCACCAGACUGAGCCACCUGAAACAAUCCAUGAAUCGCCUUCCUCAAGGCCCUUGCCACUGAGACCGGAGGAACCAUUACCACCACGCCAUAAUCCAAACUCUGCCAGGCCAUUGCAAUUGAGCCCUGAGGAGCAACGACCUCCACACCAUGGCUAUGGAUCUGAACCAACUCCAUGGAGAACAGCUCCAAGACGACCAGUGCAUCAACCUGGUCCAAAGAGGACCAAACCCAUGACAUUGCCAGCCACAAUCUGCUGUGCAAUUCUCCUGAUCGUCCUAAUUUUAUCUGGUCUCAUUCUCCUCUUAGUCUACCUCGCCAACCGUCCACGCUCACCAUACUUCGACAUCUCAGCAGCAACCCUAAACACCGCCAAUCUGGACAUGGGAUAUGUUCUAAAUGGAGAUCUUGCUGUUGUGGUAAACUUCACAAACCCAAGCAAGAAAAGCAGUGUGGACUUCAGCUUCGUGAUGUUCGAACUCUACUUCUACAACACACUCAUAGCCACCGAACACAUUGAGCCAUUCAUUGUACCAAAGGGAAUGUCAAUGUUCACAAGCUUCCAUCUCGUCAGCAGUCAGGUACCAAUUCAGAUGAUUCAGAGCCAGGACUUGCAGCUGGAGCUCGGAACCGGUCCAGUGUUGUUGAACUUGAGAGGAACGUUUCACGCUCGCUCGAACCUCGGGUCGUUGAUGAGAUACUCUUAUUGGUUGCAUACACAGUGCAGCAUCUCGUUGAAUACCCCUCCUUUAGGGACCUUGCGAGCAAGAAGAUGCAGUACAAAACGCUAGCGAUUUGCAGCAUUCUGACUAAAUAAAUUGCUUCUUUUCUUGAUACAUUUGAUGAUAAUAUAGGCAAAUAGAUAGUUUUUGUAUUUUCCAUAUUUUCUGCUACUUUAUAAACAAAAUGACAUAGGGGAAAGUGCAUUUGAUUUUGUAUUUUGAAUAAUAGAAUUGAUCUAAAAUUGUAUUUAAUUUGAUAAUAUUUCUAGAGAUGAAGAUAUGUUAAUUAAA